UUCUCUGCUCAUUCACGUUCUUUAUCCUUUUAAUCUGGGACUUCCAUGGAAGAGCCUUCAGACUUGUUCGAGUGUUUUUUGUUUUGUGGAUUUUUAGAAGAGAAAGACUUCGAAUAGGGUCUCUCUCUUGACGCUUCCUUUUCGUUGUUUCACAUAUGGGUUUCUCUGUCACUCUUCAAACUCUGCUACAACUUUUUGAUCGUUAAAAUGAACAGCGGAGAUAUGCCUCAAUCAAAAGAUCCAGCUAUCAAGCUCUUCGGAGCCAAGAUUCCGGUCCCCGAAACGCAGAUUCCGGCCAAGUCCACGCUCAAGGGUUUGAACAACUGCAGUGAAAUAAUAACCGUGGAAUCUGAUGACACCAUAGACCUAGAUAAGUCUUCUGCUUUAGAAGGUGUGAAAGGAGAAAACAAAACUCUGGUGCAAGGUAACAAAACUUUGCUAAAUAGUAAGGCCAAUGAAGAUCAGGUAGAGAGGAAUAGUGCAGAUCAAGAGAAGGUUUUUAAGAAGCCAGACAAGAUCCUGUCAUGUCCACGAUGUAAUAGUUUAGAAACUAAGUUCUGUUACUUCAAUAAUUAUAAUGUCAAUCAACCAAGGCAUUUCUGCAAGAAUUGCCAGAGAUAUUGGACAGCCGGUGGAACAAUAAGAAAUGUUCCUAUUGGGGCCGGAAGGAGGAAGAAUAAGCACUUGGCUUCCCAAUACCGUCAGAUACUAGUGUCUUCUGAUGGAGUUCCGAUUACUAGAAUAGAUGCUGCAGACUCGUCGAAUCACGAACUUUUGUUACCCAGUGAAACUGCUGCCACCUUCAGGCCUUCGUCUGGAAAUGGGAUGGUUCCGAAAUUUGGUCCUGAUGCUACUCUAUGUGAAUCCAUGGAAACUGUGCUUAGUCUUGGAGACCAGAAGAGAGGUGUGGAGACGGGUUCUUUUAGUGGUGGAGGAAGUGGGGAGGAGCCAUCCUCAUGUGGAUCUUCCAUGACAGCUUCGAGUAUCAGGGGAAAUGGCCUGCCGGCAAAUGUCAUACAGAAAAAUCAAGUUGGUUUGCCAGGAGCUUGUAAUAAUGUUAAUACACCAAAUCCUCUACAAUGUUACCCUGUACCUCCAUUGGUUUUCCCUUGGAGUCCAGGUCUAAACAAUGUGGCUCCCAUGGCAGCACCACCAUCUGCUGAACAUGCUGGCUUACCAACUGGCAGUAAUCAGAAUCCAGUACAGUGGUGCCCCACACCGAUGCUGGCAGUUCCUGGCUUUUGUCCAUCAGGCAUUCCGUUGCAGUUCAUACCUGCUUCAUAUUGGGGUUGCACACCUAUGUGGCCUGCUGGGACAGGAAAUAUGCCACUGGCUGGCUCUAAUGGUUGCCUUUCUCCGUCAUCCUCUACUAGCACUAGUUGCUGUUCAGGCAAUGGCUCACCAACCUUGGGCAAGCAUUCCAGAGAUGCAUAUAUUUUCGAUGAAGAUAAAGCAGAAAAAGGUAUUUUGGUUCCGAAAACACUGAGAAUUGAUGACCCAGAUGAAGCUUCAAGGAGUCCAGUAUGGGCUACAUUAGCCAUUAAACCCAACCAAAAGGAUUCCUUAUCAAGUGGUGCUAUCCCAAAAACUUCUGGCAAUGGAUCAGGAGAGGGACAUGCAUCAGGAGCUACUCAUAUAUUGGAAGCUAACCCAGCUGCUCUUUCACGCUCUCAUACAUUUCAAGAAAGCACCUAAGGGUUUUCUGCCAAUAGUUGUUCAAAGUUUCAGCUGUACGAUAGAAGAUGCACAUUUUCUAUGUAGACAAGGGGCCAAAAAAGCUUCUGCUCUGCCUUUGUGAAUUCCCAUUGUUUGCCAUCCCUUCUUCGAAUAAUGACUUCGCGGAAGAAGUUUUUCGGGUACCAGAAGCUGCGUUUCUAAUCACAAGUAUCCUCAACUCUUUCUCAACAAUCAAAUGUAGUAAAUAAAUAGUAGAGGUUAGUGAUUUGAGUGUUGUUUAUGCUCUGCCGGCUAGUUUAAGUUUCAGUUCAUAGUCUUAUAUGCAACUAUCUUUGAUUUGAUUUAGAAAAAAAUGGGAGAGAACUCUUUUUGCUGUUGUAUAUAUGCAUUCAAAAUUGUGCUCAAUUUAAAUGGUUCACCCCAAUACAAUGGGGCUUUGCUUGCUGGAUUUUAAUUCCAAAGUUAUAGAAACUCUUCUCAGAAGUGCUGAUCCCAAGCUC